CAGGAUGCGCUACGCGGACCCCUCGGCCAACCGGGAUUUGUUGGGGAAUCGAACUUUGCUCUUUAUCUUCAUCUGCGCCUUCGCCUUGGUGACCUUGCUGCAACAGAUCCUGUAUGGCAGGAACUACAUUAAGAGAGGCCUCCCGUUUGGUUGGCAGAGUGGUGACCAGCUGACCAAUUGGACGGGGCUCUUUAAUGUCACGGAUGAUCCAGCAGUGCAGAGCGGCAGUGACUCCAGCUCCAGGUACUUUGAAUUUUAUGAGGGGCCUUUUGAAUAUAACUCCACAAGAUGCUUGGAACUGAGGCACGAAAUACUGGAAGUGAAGGUGCUGUCCAUGGUGAAGCAGUCAGAGCUGUUCGACAGGUGGAAGAGCCUCCAGAUGUGCAAAUGGGCGAUGAACAUCUCCGAGGCCAACCAGUUCAAGUCCACUCUGUCCAGGUGCUGCAAUGCCCCUGCCUUUCUCUUCACCACCCAGAAGAACACUCCCCUGGGGACAAAGCUCAAGUAUGAGGUGGACACCAGCGGCAUCUACCACAUCAACCAGGAGAUCUUCCGCAUGUUUCCCAAGGACAUGCCCUACUAUCGGUCCCAGUUUAAGAAGUGUGCCGUGGUGGGCAACGGAGGCAUCCUGAAGAACAGCCGCUGCGGGAGGGAGAUCAACAGCGCCGACUUCGUCUUCAGGUGCAACCUGCCCCCCAUCUCAGAGAAGUACACCAUGGACGUGGGGGUGAAGACGGACGUGGUCACUGUGAACCCCAGCAUCAUCACAGAGAGGUUCCACAAGCUGGAGAAGUGGCGGCGGCCGUUCUACCGCGUGCUGCAGGUGUACGAGAAUGCGUCGGUGCUGCUGCCGGCCUUCUACAAUACGCGCAACACCGACGUGUCCAUCCGCGUCAAGUACGUGCUGGACGACUUCGAGUCCCCGCAGGCCGUCUACUACUUCCAUCCGCAGUACCUGGUCAACGUGUCGCGCUACUGGCUCAGCUUGGGGGUGCGUGCCAAGCGCAUCAGCACCGGCCUCAUCCUGGCCACCGCGGCGCUGGAGCUCUGCGAGGAGGUGCACCUGUUUGGCUUCUGGGCCUUUCCCAUGAACCCCUCGGGCCUCUACAUCACCCACCACUACUAUGACAAUGUCAAGCCGCGUCCCGGCUUCCAUGCCAUGCCCUCCGAGAUUUUCAACUUCCUGCACCUGCACAGCCGAGGCAUCCUUCGCGUGCACACGGGCACCUGCAGCUGCUGUUGAUGGCGGCCUGCCAGGCUGCCCAGCAAGUGGCACAUCCUCUCCUGCUGUCCCUCCUCGUGGAAUUCGGAGCCCCGAGCUCAGCAGUGUGGGGCCCUGGCAUUCAGGCUGUCACUUUCUCCAUAGUUCAGCUUUGUACUUGGAUCCUGGGGCGGGGAGGCAGGGUUAGGUACUGAGGCAGAGUCAGCUCUCAGCCUCCUGGCCUGGCCCCCAAGGGUGCCUCCACCCAGUGCCUCCACCUGACCUGGCUAGCAUGCUGCUGGGCCACACCCCAAGAUCAGGGACCCUGGGGACUGCAAGUGAAUCAAGCACAUUUCCACUAACUUUUGCCAUCCGAGAGAGAGCACAAACUGCAGGCCCCUGUUGCAGUGGAAGGAAGGCCCUACAGAGAAUGGAAUUGAGGGAGGAGACAGGACAUUUCACAGGACACUUGAGCAGUCGAGAUUUUAUUAACACUUUUGGUUCCUGAGUUUUAUAUCAAAGACUUAGCUAUGAACUUCUAUCUAAAUCUCAGAGCUUAGAGGCCAACGUAGUGACUAGACCUUCCAGUGAAGAAAGCCUAUCUCAAGAGGUCCAGUGACUUACCAGCCAAGCCACCCCACCCGACAGGUUCUUCCAUGACACCAAGAGACCUAAUACAAGGCAAGGCCUGUGUCAUGUCUUAGCUGAGACGUCAUCAUCUGAGAAGCGCCACACCACCCUUUCAAACACAUCCUUGGACACACACGCAGUUUCGGUGCCUCCAGGUUCAAUCCUGCGUUAACUCUUUUGAUGAGAAGGAAAUAAACCAGACCAGCCACUUGCACUAUGGCUUCCAAGCCAAUGUUAUUGACUCAAUAAGUGCUUAGCAAUCGGCUUCCUCUUCUGUCUCCCUAUUUUCAGCUCCAUUUAAACCAGGAGUUAUUUAUAAAGACCUCUUCCUCUCAUGUCUCUGAAUCCUGCAGAAUCCUGCUGUAUCGUGUUCCUCAGUUGGUACUGUAGGCUCUGGACUGGAAAGCACUGACAUGUGAGGUGGUGAGCUUAGCAGAGAGAAGCGAAUUGUGGCCUCCGACACCAGCAUCACUGAGGUUUCUGCUGUGAAGGCGGGACUUCCCACAGCGGACCCCGAGGCCUGGGCUUUCUGCAGUCAGCUGGGCUUAGGCAGAGGGGUUCACAUGUCAUUUCUCAUCUGACAUUAAUUCCCUUUGCUUCUCCCUGUGGUGUUUCCACCAUAAAUGGGACUGUGUCUAAGAGACACUGUUGGUGAACUGCCUUAGAACUUAGCUUUCUGGAAUCAUAGGAUGUUAGUGCUGGGAGGAGGACUUCAGCCUACCUGCCUGGCAACCUGCCUCCCUCCCUCCUUCCCUUCCUUCCACCUUUCUUCCUUCCCUUAAACAUUUCUGCAAAGCCUAUUCUGCUUUGGUCUGUGGUUGGAUUUAGAAAGACAUGAGGAUAAACAAAGGGAUUAUCUGUGUCUUCUGGGGGUACAGGGCCAAGAGAUACGUGCUGAGUGCUCUGGGAGGGUGAGGAGCUGUGAGAAUAUGGCAAGGAGUGGAACCUGCCAUCCCAUUACCUCAUUUGACAGGCCCUCAGGCCAAGCCAGUCAGGGACAGAGGAGAGCACAAGCUUUGUCCCAGGCCUCGGCUCCUGAUCCAGGGCUCUGUUCUUUUCCAAACCUUUCUGUCUUGGCUUGUGCUUCCUGUGGGUGGGUUGUUGUGGAGCCUGUGCCUCGUACACAACACUAUUCUUGAUGCUGACUCUCACCUGCAGUUUGAGCUCUGGUCCUGGUUGGGAAAACCUCAGGCAGCUCCAAGCCUCAGUCUGCUGGUCAGGAAUGUGGGGGAGUAGCCAAGGGGAUGAAAUCAGCCCAAACGCCCGCUAAACCAGGAAGAACUGCAAAAGGCAGCGGAUGCUUAUUACUUUUUUGAGCUCUGCCUAUUUCUCCUAGGGAAGGAACUUCUGGGAAAGAUUCCAGUUAACUGAGACUUCUAGCCACUGCAUGGUUAAUUGAACCCAGUUUUUGAAACCAUGGAAUGUAAAAACUGGAAGGUUCUUAAGGACCAUUUUGUCCCACUUAAGGAAACAGGCCCAGAGCAGAGACAUGACCUGGGUCAAAUCCUGCCUGAGGCUCUGCUGAGUGCCUGCUAUGGACAGAGGCCUCUACUGGCAGCCCUGUGGUUACUGCUUACGUUGCACAUGGGCAGUGUUUGGGGGAGGUGCGUUGGUGACACAGGCAUCAGGGUUCCCGCAGCUGAGGGUGUUCCAGGCUGGAAUCUGCCCCAGCCAGGGCCCCUGUAGGAGCUGGGGAUUGGAGCAUCGGGGUCCAGCCCACAGAGGAGUUGGGACACCUGGCUGCUGGCAAUAUUCCUGCCUGUGGGUCUUAGGGCCAGUCCUCCCUUUCCCUCAAUGUCUCAGUUUCCUCAUCUCUACAACUACAAGCUUUGUAAAAAUCUUUAGGGUCUGUACAAUCUCCUUAUUUUGAGGGGACUUUCAUGAUGAAUGGAUCUAAGCCAUAAGUAGUAUUUCUUAUUAUAAUAGCUAGCAUUUACCAUGCUCUCAUUCUGUGCCAGGCCUUACGUUAGCACUUUCCCUAUAUUAUCGCCUGUCAUCAUCAUGAGACCCCCUUGGGUAAGGAGCCUCCCAUCGUACAGAUAAGAAGACUGAGGCUCAGAGCAACUCAGGGACUUGCCCUUGGUCAGGCAUCUAAUGGAGGGAACUGCACCCAGAUCUGUAGAGCCCCUAAGUCUGUGCUCCAAACCUCUGUCUUAGCUUCCCAGGCAGACAUCAGAACAAGAGGGGUCCUGACCAAGAUGCCCCUGCAGGAUGGUAUGGGACCCAGCUCGAGGGACAGCUGCUCUGGGGGGCUGUCAUCGUCCGGGACAUGUCUGGACGGUACCUUGUAGGUACCUCUCCCUAACCCUGCCCCCUGCAGCAGUAGCAACUUACCCGCAGUGGCAUUAGAGGGGAACUGAGGCCAUCUUCACAUUUUGAAGGUGAGGAGAGAUGCCCAGCAACAGCACAUGUUAAGUGACAACACGAAUGACUUACCCAGGGCUACAUGGCCAGCGUGUGGCUCAACCGGGACUCACCAGUCUCCUGACUUUCAGGCUACAGUCUUUCCCCUGCAGCCAGUGUUUAUAAGAAAAACAUUUUUUUCAAAGGCUCAGAGAGACCUGGUGUUGACUCUGGAAGCCCUCUGCCAUGUUUCUCCACAGCCCUGUCACCACCCCACCAUGCAGUGCAGACUAUCCAUUAAAUUAUUAUUUAAGGGAAAUCGAUUCCCCAUAAACAAAACUAUGAUCAUGUCUUCCUUUGUGCUAAACCCACGGCUCCAGGCUUGAAAGGCAGCAAAAACAAGUAAAUGACUCAGCGCUUAGCCAAGCACAGAGAAAGGUGGCUCAAGGUCAGCAGUAGCCUCUGAGAUUGUUUCAGCAACGCUACUGUGGCAGCUCUGCCCACUAAUCACCUGGUGCUCAGAGACAGCAUGUGCUCAUCACCCUUGACUUUGCUGAGAGGGGGAGGAAGCAGAGCAGUGCCUGGGAACAGCUGAGGCAGAGUAGAGUGCUGGCUUCAGAUGGCCAUUCACUGAUUCAGUGAGUGAACUGGUGAAUAAAUUAUAUUUAUUGAGUGCUCAUGUUGUGCCAGGCAUGGUGCUAGGUGCUGGGGAACUAGUGAUGAAACGUAGUCUCUGCCCUCUGGGGGUUUGUGCUCUGCUGUAUGUGUGUGUGCAGAUGGCAAAUGAAGAAUCCCACAAACAUACAUGGGAGCUGGUUGUGCUGAACACUGUCGAAUCCAGGCUCAGGACAGGAGGAGAUGACCAGAGUUGAUUCUGAAUUCUGAAGGUUGCCAGUGUAAAACGUGUAACCAGCAAAGUAGUGGAUACUUCUCAGAUAACCCCCCUGACAUCCGUGUAACAUUUGAUACGGUUGGCCUCUCUGUUCUUUUUUGUUUGUUUGAGAUAGAGUCUCACUCUGUCACCCAGGCUGGAAUGCGGUAAUGUAAACAUGGAUCACUGUAGCCUCGACACCUGGGCUCAAGCGAUCCUCCCACCUCAGCCUCCCAAGUAGCCAGGACCACAUACAUGUGCCAUUAUUCCCAGCUAAUUAAAAAAAUAUAUAUUUUUUUUGUAGAAAUGCUAUGUUGACCAGGCUAGUCUUGAACUCCUGGGCUCAAGCAAUCCUCCUGCCUUGGCCUCCCAAAGUGCUGGGAUUACAGGUGUGAGCCACUGUGCCCAGUCUCUCUGGUCUUUCUAAAGUCUUCUCCUCUUCUGUUUUCUAACUAUUCUUCCCUGACUUUCCUCCUGUUUGUCUGAAUGCUUCUUCUCAGGUUCCUUUGUUGAUUCAUUUUCCAUGAAGCUUCCUCAGGGUUCUCUUCUCUUCCUAGGAGCGUUCCUGCAGAAAUCUUAUCUAUUCACUGCCUUAAGUAUCUCUUGCCCUGGCAUCUUAACCCCUCUACCUGCAUUCUCCCUAGGAGCAUUGGAAGCAUGCUCACUGCGGCCUCCUGAAUAUCUGUGUCUGUACAGCAUCUCAAACCUCAACAUGUCCUCAACUGGUCUAGUUAUAAGAGCAAUCAGAACUCAGAGUCUCCUCCUACUACUUCGUAGCUGUUUGGAGUUCCUGAUGCCCCUGGAGGCUCUGAACUCAUCAUCUGAAAUAAGGACAGGCCACCAGCCUCAACAGCUGUUGCAAAGCUAAAUGAAAUAGUGUUGCAUGAUGCCUAGCACAGUGCCCUGCACAAACUAGACACUAGCAAGCACAGGCUGCCUCAGCCCCAAACUUGGAUCAUCCUUGCCUCUUCGUUCUCCUUUAUUCUUUAUGUCUAUUUGUUCAUCAUAUCUUGUUAAUUCCACUCAUAAACAUCCCUUUAAUUCAUUCCCGCCCUGCAUGCCCUCUGUCACUGCCCUAACCCAGACCCUUCUGACUGAUCUUUCUGCUUUUAGAUAAUUACCUUCCAGAAAUACCUUUUGUGGGGCCCAUUGGCUCCCUGUACCAUAAAUUUCAGGUUCUUUACCAAAUCUUGCAGGCAAUGCCCCAAGCUGGCUUACUUCCCUUCCUGGAGAUCCUUCUGCCAUUUCUCUGCCCCACCCCGUACUAUUGUAGGUGCCUUCGCACAUGCUGUUCAGACACCUGGAAUGGCCCUCACACUCCCAAGCUCCUCUCUCCUUCCUUUUAUCUGGCCACUUUUGCAGAAGUCAGGUAAUGGCCCCCUGCAUCCUCCCCUCUAGAGACCUGGGCUGGGCACUGUCUCCUCUGUGCUGCUGCUGCAGCCAUCACCGACUCCAUUAGGACAUCCUCCCGGCGCAAAGCAUAAGGGCCCUGGUGUCCUUGAUAGAAGGUCUGUCUUCUCCCCAAGGGAAGACAUGAUAUCUAAGCUCAUUUUGUACUGCCAGCACUGGCAGAAAACCACAUGCUGUGGCCACUCAACAUGUGUUUACUACAGUAAUGAGGUCUCUGGGUCCUGGUGGGCGCCAGCAGUUCAGGAGACCCUGAUAAUAAACCAAGUAACACCUUCAGCUGAGGAGAGUCCUCUAUUGAUUUUUUUUUACCUAGCACAUUCCAGGAAGGCAAAGACUCUUCCUGCCUGUCCAGGGGAGCUCAGGGCUCAGGAGGCUGAAAUGUGUGUCUAAUGGGGGCUUGUUGGCUUGGCUAGCCUCCUUUUGUUUUCCCUCAUUAUAAUCUUGCUCAUCUGCUUUUUGCUGGCUAACCAAUCCUUUUUCUUCUAGUUUAAAUGAAAGAAGGGAAAGACAGUUUCUAUGUUUCUUCUUCUCUACUUCUUCCCUUCCUCAAAGCCACACAAACGUGUCAGGAUCUUUCAUUGCUGUGGCUGAGGCACAGCCUGGGAAGCAGUGUACAAGUGAUUUGUCAAUGGUGUUUCAAAAGCUAGAGGAACAUGCAGAAUGCUUUGGCUGGGAAACAGGUGAGCUGAGUUUUGCAGGAUGUCUGCUCUGGAUGCCCAGGAGGAGGCCAGGAGCAGAGGUUGUUUCCUUGGGGAGAAAAGGUGCUGCUGCUCUGAGCUCAACACAUGCCCUGACCUAGUCUCCUACCUGUAACCAGGGCACCCUCUGGGAAGAGGCUAACUGUAGCUCAGGGGUCAAGUGAGGCCAGGUGAGGGGUACACUGGUGGCUAGGGUGUGCAUUGUGCUAUUCUUUAGAGGUCUAGUCAAACGAGGCCAAUCUCUGGAGGCUGUUUACACCCUACAGGGCAUCCUAAUAAACCCAUGUGAUCUUCAAAAGGGAGACGGAACAGAUCUACAGUCUCCUCUCUGCAGGUCACAUGGGUUUAUUAGGAUGCCCUGUAGGAUGGCCUUCUGGUGGCCUGCAUCAGAAUCACCUGGGUGCUUGUUAAAACUAUGGGCUGAGAACCUGGGGGAGAGGUGGUGUCUGGGAAUCAGCAUGUGUGAGGCCCCUAUCUGUUCCUGAGCAUACAACUGCUUGUGGCUCAGAAGUUGCCACCAGUUGAGUGGCCACGUAUGGCUUGAAAAUCAGACUGGAGCCUUGAGUAGGAAAAGAAUGAAAAGAAAAAUUUGGCAUACAACCCAACUUCUGCCUUUCCUAUACAUACAAAUAUGAUAUAUAACCUGUUAUGAACCUAGUAACAAAAAUCAAGUGCUCAGGACUCCGUAAGAUUUACAAAACUGGUUUUGCUUUAACACGAACAAAGAUUUCUUUUUCAUUUGUAAUUAUGGUAAAGUACACAUAACAUAAAAUUUACCAUCUUGACCAUUUUUAAGUGUACAGUUCAGUAAUGUUAAGCACAUUCCAUUGUUGAAUAUUCUGUCUCUGGAAACCUUCUCAUCUUGCAAAACAAAACCUUCAAACCCAUGAAAUGACAGUCUUCACUUCCCCCUUCCCCAGGCCCUAGCAACUGCCGUUCUACUUUCUCUCUUUAUGAAUUGUACAGCUCUGGGUCCCUCAGAUUAGUGGAAUAGUAUAUUGUUUGUCUUUUUGAUGACUGGCUUAUUUCACGUAGCAUAGUAUAGCAAUGACUUCUUAAGUAUGAAGAAUCACAUAGGUACAAGCAGCUCUCAGAUGACAGUAACUAUUUUGAGUGUCCCUAAAGCAAAAAUUUUGUUUUUGUUUUUAUUUUUCCCUUUGGCAGUUGUUCUGGGCAGGUGGUCAGCUCCUGGCUUCCUGAGAUCUUGGCUCCCUUACUGAGAGGGAGUGAAGACCUGGCCUUGCUCUGCCACCUGGUCCCCAUUGUCCCGGCCAGCAUGUCCUGAGAAAAAAGAGCCUUGCUGAUCUUUUAGAAGUCUUUAGAUUUUUCCCCUGCCCUGUCUCUUCUGAGAACAUUUUUUUCUUUAUUUCCAAGGAAAAAGAAAAUAAAAGAAAACAAAACAAAACACAUACACUUCCAUGACUUAGCUGUUGGCCACAAAAGCCAGAAACCAGUGACUCUCUCUUCAGUCGGGAAAUGGUUCCCCUGGCAACAAAUCUCUCAUUUCCUUCAACUAAAUUAUCUGCUCAGCUUUGCGGUAAAAGUUUUGUUUUCUCUAGAAUUGCCAUUUGCAACCUUGCAUGCACAUAGGAAUCACCUGGAAGUCUUUAUAAAAUAAUCCCCGAGCCAUGUCCUCACCUUCCCAGAAUCUGACUCAGCAGGCCUGGGGAUAGGGCCUGGCUGGCAUCCUUAUUUUCUAAGAUCUCACUAAGUGGGUCUCUCUUACACGGUUGGGAAUCAUUACCCUAAGGCAGGCGGUUUUUGCCUUGGUGUACGUUGUAGUUCUCUGAAGGGCUUUAAGAAAUACUCAUGGGACUCCACCCCUGGACGUUCUGAGUCAGGUGGUCUGAGAUGUGACCUGAGUAUUAGGGUUUCACAAAUUCUCCAGAUGUUUCUAAUAUGCAGCCAGCCUUGAGAACCACUAUUCUAAGUCAGCAGUUCUCAAAUUGGAGCUCAUUGAUUAUGGGCCCUACCUCAGAGUCUCAUUUGAUGAGGCCAGGGUGGAGCCUCUCUAACAAGUUCCCAAGUGAUGCUGAUGACAGUCCGGGGACUGCACUUGGAGGCUCCUGGCUCUGACGAUCCUUUAACUAGAUUGGCCCUGUUCUGCUGCCCUGUUCUUUUUCCUGGUUGGGGGUUGGUGGACCCUUCCUUCUCCCAGUCUGAUUCAAGCCUGAGACUCUUAAAGGUACCAGUUUUUCUUUAUUUGAACAUUUUAACAUUUAGAUAAAUAUGAUGAAAUAUUGUUAAAGCAGUCACAUAGAUUUCUUCUCCCAGGGCUAGAAGCCUCAGAUUAUGCCUCAAUUAAGAGUUUAUCUGUGCCUAUGAUUAGGACACAUUUUGUGAUCUGAGCGAAGGGGUUGGUGGGGCUGGAGUAAUGGGUUCAGCCUGUGUCUGGGUGAGGGUCACCUUGUGACUGGUUCUGGGUAGGAUCUGAGUGCCACACUUGGCCCUCUAGCGUGGGGAGAACCUGUCUGGCCUACCUGUGUGAAAACCUGGCUUUCUGAUGCAGGCCCAGCCCUCUGCCCACCUCCACAUCUGUGCACAAACACAGAAGGUGGCGCUGAGGAAACACAGCACUGCACCAGGACUGCCGUGAGCUCAGGGGCUAGGGUUCACGUCUCACUUCUUUCUGCAUUUCCUUUUUUAUCAUACUUUGGAACAGGCUUGAGCUGAAACCAGAGAGUGAGUACCGGUUUCUGCCUCAAUCUAUUCUCCCUCCUCCAAAGAUGCCCCCAGCAACGGGGGCGACUUCAACUCCCACUGACAGCUCAGAUUUCCACACACAGCCACAAAGUUGAUAAGAACUUCUGAAGAUCUCAAAAACUUAUUAAAGGUGGAAACAGUUACUGAUUUACUGAAGCAGGGUGAAAACACAACUCACUUCCUAGGAUUGAACCCAAAAAAUUCACUCAGCUCCCAGGUAUCCGAGGACUCAGUUGAAGGAAAAUAAUUUGGAGCCCCUGAAAUAGAUGCUAUAAAGCUGUGUAUCAAAGGCCAACCGUUUUGCUAACAUCAUAUAUCCCGUGGCAUUCACUUUGAUUUCAAAUUUAGCUCUAGUGAACUUGGUUGGUUUCUAGUAACAAAGGAAACUAAGAGAAUGUUGGUAGGUGCUAGAUAAAGCAAGAAGUGGCAGCUAAUAGCCUAAAUUGUGACGACAUUAAGAAGACCAAAACUGGUUUACUUGUUCAACGAGUUUGUAUUUAAAAAAAAAAAAACUAUAUUAAGGAUAAGAAAAUAUGGCCGGGCAUGGUGGCUAACAUCUGUAAUCCCAGCAUUUUGGGAGGCUGAGGUGGGAGAUCACUUGAGCUCAGGAGCUGAUGACCAGCCCGGGCAACAUGGCGAAACCCCGUCUCAACAAAGAAUACAAAAGCAUGUCUGUAGUCAGUCCCAGCUACUCAAGAGGCUGAGGUGGGAGACUGGCUUGAGCCCAGGAGGCAGUGGGUGCCGUGAGCUGAGAUCACACUGCUGCACUCCAGCCUGGGUGACAGAGCCAGAUCCUGUCUCAAAAUAAUGAUUAAAAAAGACCAAAACUAAAUACAUAUCUUAGAAACCAUCAAGUAGCCUGAGGUCAUUGGUCAUUUAGUGGGGAGGAGAGGGAGAAUAUGUUGUAAUAAUCCCAAGAGCCACACGGUUGCUCGAUUUACCCUGUGCCACCCAGGACAUGCAGAGAUACAAAAACAUUCCAGCAGUGUUCAGUACGUUGUCUAAGAAGGCAGGGAGGCAUUUUAUCCACGUUAGAAUUAUUUCCAUCCCCAAACACUUAAAAUGCAUUCACAAAAGUCUUGGUGCUUCAAAGACAAACUCUCAGUGACCCUGAAGCUCACGUAAAUGAAACAGUUCGUGAUCUAAUGAUGCAGGGUAGGUGAGAUGGGUAAACGCACUCUUUAUAACUUAACGUUUUCUCCCUGACAUUGAAGACUCUCCUGCUACCUCUCUCCUAAGAAAACAGGACAGUGGCGAGGGCGGGUCGGGGGGGGGGGCACAAGUCCCUUCCACCUCCAAGGGACUUUGCAACCUGGGUAGUGGUGUGGCUGGUCAUCCUCUUUCUGCACCUCAGAUUCUGCUUGUGUUGUCCUUAUUGUGUGGGACAGGAAGGUCAGCUAGGGCUGUGCUGGCUCUGCAGUGACUCUGGCCUGGGUGCAUUUUGGUGAAUUUAAGAAUAUGACCAUUUUUGGGGCGGAAAUUCACACUUCUACUCUCUCCACACCUUCACCAUCCAUUUUCUUGCUGGACUUUGCUGUACUCCUGUGAGGAGGACAGGGCAGAGAGUAGCAGCCCUCCUUGCCGAGGCCCAGAAAGAUAGCAUGGUGUGCCCAGAGCUCCCGUGGUGGGUGGCGGAUGUCUCCCGUUGGGUGCCCAGGGCACCCGUGGGCACUUUUUUCUCCCCUCUGAAGUUGUUAGGCUGAUUUGGAGUCUGCUCCAGGCCUGAGCUUCACCCUGGCCUCAUGCCCUGUCCAGUGCCUGAGUGGAGGGGCCUCUUCCAUAUUUAUUCCUCUUUGAGGGGCCAAGCUCAGGGCACCCAGAACAAGCAGCCUUGGGGGACUGAACCUAGUGGGACAGAAGGGAGGCAGUUGUAUCUGGCAGAGUCACCCAAGGCCACAGGCCUGACCAAAGCAGGAGAGUGGGCGAAUUGGGGGCAGGGCCCAUGGUGCUGGCCCCCUGCUGCUCCAACCAUGUAAGAGGCAUCUGGGGGGCUCCCAAGUUGCAGCUCCUGCCAGCCUCUCCCCAGGCUCCUGAGUCUGUUCUCCUGUACACGCCUCCAGUGGGACAUCAGGCCCUCACUGAGGCUAGCUUCUGGGCAAGUCCCUCUGCUCAAGGUCACUUUGUGGGGUAGCUGGUCUCCCCAGGGGCUCCCACACUCUGCACAAUUUAGGGAUGUGGCAGGGACUCAGUGGCCUGCAACUUCCCUUUCUGGACCCAGCUAGCCUCCCAUCAGAGCGCCAGAACUCUUCUUCAAUACAGUAUUGUUUGAACUUUGAAAUAUAUGCAUAUGUCUAGUAUUUUCUUAGAAAUUAACACUUCAUCUCAAUAGGCAUGAAUGGAUUAUUCAGUAGUACAGUUUGGAGCCAAUACCCUGCCACCUCCCCACCAGAUAAAGCCAGGACAGAUGCUGGAGUCAGCAGGGGAGCUGUGGAAACAGGUGCCCGUGGCUGGAGCCAGGUGCCGAUGGCUGCACCUGGUGUGUGGCUUCAGCCCAGGCUUGGUGUCAGUUUCCUGGCUGCCCUGCCCAGGAGCCCACAUGAAGGCAGGCUGGGUCUUUCCCUAAGAGGUUGGUACAUCGGCUCAUUUUGGAGCGGCCUCCUGUGGGUGAAGAAAAAGCGGCCACAUGGCAUUCCUCUGUUCCUCGGUCCCCUUCUCUCCCUUGCUUUUCUCUCAAAGAGCCAAGUCACACUGCACCAUGCUCCAUGGAGCCUUCCCUGAUGGAGAAGAGAAGGGAGGCCGAGAUGUCCUUUGCUGGAGUGUGGAGAAGCACCAUCUAUAUGAAAAGCCCCUUGCUUGCUCUGUUGAUUUUCUCCCUCCCCUGGCCCUGGAGAGAAAGGCUGUGCCAUUCAAAGACAGUAUGGGGACAUGGGGCUGCAGGCCUGAUGUUAUUUUUAUGCAAAUUUUAUUCUGGGAGCAGCGGUUCAUACAAACUCCUGCAGCAUAAUUCUAGCUUGUGUGUGGCUGUCCUUGAGUAGUGGUUCUGAAGUGGGCUGUGAUGCUAUUCAUAAAAACAUAAUCAGGGUACUUUGUAUCUGCCACUGUGUUUCAAAGGCCCUCAGUUUCUAUCUAAUAAAACCAGUCAAAUGGUUCAUCUAGCAAA